AUGGCCACCUUUAGAGAUGCAAGAGAUGCACUUAUGUUAGCAAACGACAUGACCCUCAUAGACGAUGAAGAACUGCUUCUCCUGUACGACUUGAAUUCAUCAAAGAACCUCGACUUACCGUACUGGAGGUAUGACAACUUCGAUCUCGAUACCUUGACAGACGCCGAAUGCAAGAGCGAAUUUCGGUUUCUCAAACACGACAUCUACACUCUUCUCGAAGUGUUAAAUCCCCCUGAGAAAAUCGUUUGUGAAAACCGUUUUUACGUUUACAGUGAUGAAGCUCUCUGCAUGUUUUUAAGACGAUUUGCAUAUCCAUGUAGAUACGAAGAUUUGGUACCAAGAUUUGGAAGGGCUGUGCCGCAAAUCAGCAUGGUUGUGAAUGAAAUGAUCAGUUUAAUCUUUGCGCGACAUGGUCAUUUACUGACUGAUUUUAACCAGCCAUGGCUAUCACCAGCAAAUCUAGUAACGUUUGCAGAUACGGUUUAUCGAAAGGGAGCAGCACUUGAAAACUGCUGGGGAUUCGUAGACGGUACCGUGCGACCAGUGUGUCGACCAGGAGUUCACCAGCGAGUACUCUAUAAUGGACACAAAAGGGUCCAUUCCAUUAAAUUCCAGAGUGUUGUUGCUGCAAAUGGACUUAUUGCAAACCUGUAUGGUCCAGUCGAAGGUCGACAACAUGAUAGUGGUAUGUUGGCAAUGUCUGGCUUGCUGCCAAUGUUAGAGGUUCAUUCCAUAUCACCAACUGGUCAACCCCUUAUUUACGGCGACCCUGCUUACCCUCUUAGGGUACAUCUUCAGGGACCUUUCAAGGGUGCUGCCCUCACACCACAGCAAGAGGCAUUCAAUCAGUCCAUGAGUAAAGUUAGAAUUUCAGUUGAGUGGGUCUUUGGUGACAUUGUAGAAUACUUUGCUUUCCUUGACUUUAAAAAAGAUCUUAAAGUUGGGUUAAGUGCUAUUGGCAAGAUG